AGAUUGAGGUUCAGGCAGACAAUUUCCGAGAGCCACGGGCUGGUGCAAGUCCUCAUGGGAACAUGUGAGAUAACCAAGUAGCAAAAGGCACCCGCAGAGUCCGGGUGAGAGCAGUGCAGCCAAGGACAGAGCAGCAUGGCAGGGCUCCGUGUCCGCUCCCUUCUGGUGACUGGGGCCAACAGGGGCAUCGGCCUGGGGCUCGUCCAGCACUUCCUGAAGAUGCCAAACCCACCCCAGUGGGUCUUUGCAGGCUGUCGGGACCCCAAGGGACAGCGAGCAAAGGAGUUACAGAAUUUGGCCUCCAAGCACCCCAACCUGGUCAUAGUCCCACUCGAAGUUGCCAGCCCUGCCAGCAUCAACACAGCUGCAACCACGGUCAGGGAGCACGUGGGGGGCUCUGGGCUGAACCUUCUCAUCAACAAUGCUGGAAUUGCCAAGAUAACCUUGCUUGAAAACGAGACACCAGAGAACAUGACCGAGACUUACACCACCAACACAGUUGGGCCUCUGCUGAUGGGCCAGGUCCCCUUGCAGCCCCCCCUCCCCUCCCACCACCAUCCCUGCCCUGUCUCCCCACAGGCUGCUCUGAACAUGCUGAGCAAGUGCCAGUCCCUGGCAUACAAGGAGCAUGGCAUCUUCUGUGUCGCUCUCCACCCUGGCUGGGUGCAAACUGACAUGGGCAGCUCUGCUGGACACACGCCCCCCGUGACAGUGGACGACAGCGUGAAAGGGAUGCUGAAGGUGCUCUCCUCCCUCUCCGAGAAGGACACCGGCACCUUCCUGGACUGGGAAGGGAAGGUCGUGCCCUGGUGAGACACCAGUUCAGGAUCCUGGCAGCGGGACCCUUUGCUGCUGCUCCCAUCUGCCCCACAUCCUCAAUAAACCCCUGUCAAGAGCCCUCA